UCUUUUUCCUUCAUAACUGUGGGGAAAAAUGAAUGGACCAGCAGAUUCAAGGUUGCUCUUCAAUUACUCAAAUCAAUCAAAUUUUGCUUUGGAAACAUCAGAGCAAUGUGGCAAGGAGACAUACCUUGAGAACAUCCUUUUUGCCACUUUCUACUUUCUGGACUUCAUCCUGGCUUUUGCUGGCAAUGCCCUGGCUCUUUGGCUUUUCAUCCGGGACCAAAAGUCAGGCACACCUGCCAACAUUUUCCUGAUGCAUCUUGCUGUGGCUGACUUGUCCUUUGUGCUGGUACUUCCCACUCGGCUGGUGUACCAUUUUUCUGGUAACCAUUGGCCUUUUGGUGAGAUCCCAUGCAGACUCACUGGCUUCCUUUUUUACCUCAACAUGUAUGCCAGUAUCUACUUUCUGAUGUGCAUUAGUGUUGACCGUUUCCUGGCCAUUGUGCACCCUGUGAAGUCCAUCAAGCUCCGCAGGUCCCGGUAUGCCCACGUGGCAUGUGCCUUUCUGUGGCUCGUUGUUGGGGUGGCAAUGGCACCUCUGCUGCUCAGUGUGCAGACAGUCCAGGUGAAAAACACAACUGUCUGCCUGCAGCUCUACAGGGAAAAAGCAUCACGUCAUGCCCUCAUGUCCUUAGCAGUGGCAUUCACCUUCCCCUUUGUUACUACAGUGACUUGCUACUUACUCAUCAUCUGGAGCCUGAAGAGUGGGAACAGAGUUGAGAAACACCUGAAGGAAAAAGCUGUCAGAAUGAUCAUCAUGGUCCUGAUGAUCUUUCUGAUUUGCUUUGUACCUUAUCAUGUCAAUCGCUACAUUUAUAUUCUCCAUUACAAUGGGAGCAAAGCUUCCUGUGAAAGACAGCGUCUCCUGGCCCUCAGCAAUCGUAUCACUUCCUGCCUCACCAGCCUCAAUGGGGCAUUUGACCCUGUCAUGUAUUUUUUUGUUGCUGAGAAAUUCCGUGAAGCUUUGUGCAAUCUCUUUUGUAUUAAAAAGACCAUAAUGUUACCUCAAACAUAUGAGGGUAAGACAAAUGAAAGCUCACUAAGUGCUAAAUCUGAACUGUGAACAUGACUCUUGACAGUGCUUUUCCUAAGAACACCAUCUUCCACCAAAAACAGCUGAGAGCACAAAUACACAGCAAGACUGUCCACCCAGAGUGAAACCCAU